CAACCCAGGCGAGCUCAGGUGCAUGCAAUCUGAGUGAUUGGAAAAGCUGGAGCCAAGAUCCACCCCUUCCCAGACUCAUUUAAGGGCUGGCAGCGGAGGCAAGGGGAUCUUGCUAGAGAUCUCUGCAAACCUGAGGCCUUCCAAGGACUACAGCUAGGAUACAACGAACAGUUUCUGCGUGUUCCUUGCCUUUGAGCUUGCUGAUUAGAACAUAGAACAUAUGCUGGGUUUUCUCAACAUCAUGGAGUUCAGGCUUCUACCUGGAGGUUCUACAUACUGAGAGAAAGCUGUAAGAAGAAUGGAUAGAACAAGUCGCCUGAUUUCUGAAUAUAAUUUGAAAGAUGUGAAAUGUCAGCUACUGAGCAGUUUCUAUAUGGCUAGACUGGAUAACUGCUUUAAUUAGAGCCUGCCUGAUGUUGAUGUAUGGAAAUGAUUUACCUGUGUAACUGAGAACAUGACUCAAGGAAGUGUUUAACGCUGCUGAAGUCUUUCAAAUCAGAGGAGCAGCCCUGCCCAGCACUCAGCACGUGGCGGAGAAGUUCUGGUGUGAUAUAGAGAAUGGAGCAGCUGGCGGGCAGAAGGAAGCUGAGGAAGCGCUUGUGCGUGGGCUUCAGCUAUCAAGGGUUUUUCAUGUAAUUCAAGCCCAUCACUUAGCUCUGGAGUUAAUUUCAAGAUCCAGUGACACACCUCUGUAAUCUUCAACUCAGACUGAUGACAGAAAUUCCAGAUGACUGCUGCUCCAGUACUGUUAAGCUAUGAGGAAGAUGAAAGGAAGAAAGAGGGGAUGUUUCUUACCUUUAACCUUUAUCCUGCUGUUUGUCUGUAUCACUGGGCAUGCAGCUGAUGACUCUGAUGAUGGGGAAGAAGAGGAUGUUCUGGGUGUUCCUUUGCCACCACUGAAACUGGGGCAUUCAGACUGUGCCCUGAAAGCAGAUGAAGGUCCUUGCAAAGCAAUCCACAUGCGCUUUUACUUCAACAUUCAAAGCCGUGAGUGUGAAAUAUUUGAAUAUGGUGGAUGCCACGGCAACGCAAACAACUUUCUAACUUUGGAAGAAUGUCAGAACAAAUGUGUGGUAACAGAAUUGCCUCUGGAGGUGAUGCUAGCAAAAAUUAAGAGAGAAAAGCCCAACUUCUGUUAUCAUGAGAAAGACCCUGGAAUUUGCCGAGGCUUUUUUUCCAGGUAUUUCUAUAACAAAGAGACAAAAAUAUGUGAAAUAUUCAAGUAUGGUGGGUGCCUAGGAAACCAGAACAACUUUAGGAGUUUGGAAGAAUGCCAGACUACCUGCCAAGGCAACCCAAACUUACUGUCAGUUGUUCCAGAUGAGGAACAUCCUGACCGUAUGAACAGUAGCUCCCGAGAGGAAGGACACAAUCAGUUUCCUGGGAUUUUUGUAAAUUUGUUGCCAACUGUUCCAAAUGAGGAAGAGUCCCAUAUUGUGAACAGUAGUCACCCAGAGGAAGUGCGCAAGCGGUUUCCCAGUUCUUUUGAACCACCUCCUAUCCCUUCUUUGUGCAUGACUCCUAUGGAUAGAGGACUUUGUAGAGCUAAAGAGACAAGGUUUUUCUUCAACUACUCAACUGGAAGAUGUCGUCCAUUUACCUACAGUGGUUGUGGUGGGAAUGAAAAUAAUUUCACCUCCAGGAAGUCAUGUUUAAGAAUCUGCAGGAAAGGUAUGGGAACUGAUAUUGCCACAGGCUGUCAUAAAAGGCAAGUAUUAUGCAUGCUAUAGGCUUGAAAUAUUCUUGCAAUUCUUAGUAGUAAGUAUUGGCCUGAUAGAAUGUAGUAGCUGAAAGUACUGGCAAAGUGCAACUGGUAAUCAGAAGAGAGAGCUAGAGAGAGAAGGAUGGACACUAAAAUACUGUGUACAGAACCGGCUGCUUAACAUUGGUCAGGCAUAUGAAGACUUUAGGUAAGACUGAAUGUUCCCUUUUUUUUUCUCAAGUAUAUUUCUUGAAAACAAGACUUGUCUCAUUUUGGAUAAUUGUGAAUGUUAGUCAUGCUGUCUUAACUCUGUCAUUUUAC